UAGAGACAAAUUUUCAGCUGUUUUUCACCACCAGCAGGAUUAGAGACCCAUUCCACUCCAGUGCAGACAGAUGUAGAGACAAAUUUUUAGCUGUUUUUCACCACCAGCAGUAUUAGAGACCCAUUCCACUCCAGUGCAGACAGAUGUAGAGACAAAUUUUCAGCUGUUUUUCACCACCAGUAGGAUUAGAGAUCCCAAUGUGAACAUCUCCGCUAUUUAUAUUAGGAAGUAACCGAACUUUUAGUGAGGUCCUGUCGUGAGCCAGGAACAUACAAAUGAAAUCCAGUUACACCAACUGAACCCUCCUACGCUUAAUCUUCAGCCAGAGUUGAGCUGGUUACUGUAAGGAGUGGAUAUCAGCUAGACUUACAUUGUACAUGAGCCUCUUGAUUUGUUUUCAGCCAGAGUUAAUGCGUUGACAUCAGAGCUGGUCAUGUUGGAAGAAGUGUAUGCCAGCAAGACUUACAUUGUACAUGAACCUCUUGUUUUGUUUUCAGCCAGAGUUAAUGCGUUGACAUCAGAGCUGGUCAUGUUGGAAGAAGUGGAUGCCAGCAAGACUUACAUUGUACAUGAACCUCUUGUUUUGUUUUCAGCCAGAGUUAAUGCGUUGACAUCAGAGCUGGUCAUGUUGGAAGAAGUGGAUGCCAGCAAGACUAACAUUGUACAUGAACCUCUUGAUUUGUUUUCAGCCAGAGUUAAUGCGUUGACAUCAGAGCUGGUCAUGUUGGAAGAAGUGUAUGCCAGCAAGACUUACAUUGUACAUGAACCUCUUGUUUUGUUUUCAGCCAGAGUUAAUGGGUUGACAUCAGAGCUGGUCAUGUUGGAAGAAGUGGAUGCCAGCAAGACUUACAUUGUACAUGAACCUCUUGUUUUGUUUUCAGCCAGAGUUAAUGGGUUGACAUCAGAGCUGGUCAUGUUGGAAGAAGUGGAUGUGAGCAAGACUUACAUUGUACAUGAACCUCUUGUUUUGUUUUCAGCCAGAGUUAAUGGGUUGACAGAGCUGGUCAUGUUGGAAGAAGUGGAUGCCAGCAAGACUUACAUUGUACAUGAACCUCUUGUUUUGUUUUCAGCCAGAGUUAAUGCGUUGACAUCAGAGCUGGUCAUGUUGGAAGAAGUGGAUGCCAUGAGGAUUAUACCACAAUGUCAAAGUCAUUUACCCCCUCAAGGCCUUCAACGUAUGAACAAAGUGUUGUCAAAGUUAGAUACGUUAGAAGUGGGCAGUUACUUAUUGAGUCAUUCACCUGGCGACAGCCACUGUAAGCUAAGGAAGGCUGUGGAAGGUAACAAAAGAGGUGCAUAUGACCUUCAUUUCACCUACACCGGGUUCACGUGUACCGACUCCGACCUCCCCGCAGUGCCGCCUUGGAUUCCUAUAGACCCUGCCAUCAUUUUGCCCUCCCACUGGAAAAAGAGUCGCAUACCUGCUACAUUUGAUCCUCCGGAUUUCACAGCAGGUCCCAAUGUGGGUCAGAAGAGACGGCACUUCCAGGCGUGUCAUCACCAAGGCCAUCACAACACUGGCAAGGCCAAGAAGAACAAGGGCAAGAAGAAACAGUUCAAGAAGUGAAAAAUCUCUUGUGUUCUUUAAUGUUCCCGAUCUGUACAAUAAACACGACAUUGGCAAU